ACCCCAAUAGUUAUUCACUUUUUGAAUAUACAACACAAAAUACUUCAAAAGGAUACUCCAAUAUAGAAACUUGUUAUCAACACGGAAUAGAAUGUAUGCAAGAUCUACUUGCACAAGAAGUCUAUUUAACUAAAAAGAAAAAUACAAAGGGAAGAGCAAGUAAAAAUUUAGUUAAAGAUACUGUAGCAAAUUUUAAACAGCAACAAAAAAUUCAAAAGAGAAAAUGA